UUGACUCACUGAAAUUGAUCCGAGAUAAUGUAACCUAUCCGUUUUCAAUAUACAUUCAAAGUGGUAGCAACAUCAGUAUUACCAGGAUCACUCCUACAACUGUCUGCCAGUUGGUGAACAAUGAAAUUCAAUGUACAUGUAUCAGUGAAUUUACUUGGAACUCAACACUUUGUAAAAUGCGUCAGUCUUGCGGAGCACAUACUACAGCAGACCAAACCUGUAAAUGCAUCAGAGGCUACCCAAUAGAGGGGGAAUUCUGUGACCUCAUACCCACACAAAAUGCUACACAGACAACUGUCACAACAACGUCAACAUCAACAACUAUGUCAUCAUCAAGUACAUCAACAUCAACAAGUACAUCAUCAUCAAGAGCUAUGUCAUCAUCAAGUACAUCAACAAGUAUGUCGUCAUCAAAAGCUAUGUCAUCAUCGACAGGUACAUCAUCAUCAAGUACGUCAUCAUCAAGUACAUCAACAAAUAUGUCAUCAUCAAGAGCUAUGUCAUCAUCAAGUACAUCAACAUCAACAAGUACGUCAUCAUCAACAGGUAUGUCAACGUCAAAAACUACAUCAACAUCAGCUACAUCACCACAAGGAGAAAGUAGAACAUUUGCAUUGAUUAUUAAAAAUCUGAACUUCUGUAAUGAACUGAAAAAUGCUUCCUCGGCCGAGUAUAAAAGUCGUUCAACAGAACUCACUUCAUUGCUUAAUGAAGCGUACAGAAGGGUGGUUCCGAAUGCUUUCGUAAAAGUUUUGGGAUUCGCAAAUGGGAGCAUCAUUGUGCUUCAUCAAGUAUUCUCCAGCUCGCCUCUGACCGAUGAGGAAUUUGCCUCCAGCAGGACAGCAGUGAACAAUACCCUUUCUGGAGUAAACUACAUAUCAAAGUUUAUACCAGGCAAGUAG